GGUGCAAACCUCAAUGAAUUCACAUACCACCAAUUCGAAGAUGGUCGAUUGUUAUGGUAAAACAACGGGAAAUGUUAAAAACGAAGAACGUGAUGCGAUAUGUGAGGAUGAAGAAUCUCUGGAAGGUAUGAAGCCCAGAUUGUGAAAUGAAUUGGAUUCUGAAUACAGCUCUCCAAUUAAAUCCAACAAAUUACUUAGCAAUAAUAAACAAUCAACAAAUAACACCGAUAGACAUCAUUCAUCGCCAGAAUAACUUAUCGCUAUUAACAAAAUAUACAACUAAAUAUGAAGUAAAAAACUAUACGAAAUCAGUGAAUAGUGUUAGAACCCCCUUAACCCAAUAUCAGCUCUAUAAAAGUCACCGGCAGCCAACGGUCAUUAAAACAAAUCGAAAUGAUAAUAUUGCAGUUCAACAAACCGAUUUAACAAAUCUAUAUCCAGGGAAACGUUAUUUAAAUUUGGAUUUAACUUUGCACAAUGAUUCAAUAUUUACGGAUUCAAUAUUUAACCUGCCCACACCAACGGAGGAAGUAAUACCCAUAAUAAUAACAGCAGAUACUCCUACGACCACUUCAAAGAUGAUACCAGAAAUUGAAGAUUUGAAUAAACUUCGACCACCCAAUUCAGGUUUUAUAUCAAUUACAGAAACUAAUAACGUGUUGGAAGAUUCUAAUAAACCUCUACCAUCCAGUUCAAUUUUAAUACCAAUUGUAGAAACAUCGGACGAGGUAAACGAUUUAUGUGACACUCUACCUCCCUUAAAUAAAGCAGAAGAUUUAAACAAAUUUCAGACAUCCUUUACAACUUCUAUUUUAAACCUUAAAUCUUCAAAUGAAUACCGGGAAAUACCACAAGUUACUCUUCCUUAUAGUACGAUUUUUCGAACAAAUACAAAUCCCUUUAGUGUGGAAGAUUCUUCUGAAAUAAUUAACGAUAUAAAUAAUCAAACUCAAAGAUCUUCAGCUUUAGUUGAAAUUUUUUCAGAUUUUAAAGAGUUAAAUAGUGAAAGCAAUAUUCAGAAGCCAAUAUAUUCAAUCAUAGUAGAUGAUUCUUUAGUUUUAAAAGAAUUAAAUCACGAAUCUAAUCUUCAAUCUUUAAAAUCGUCGGCUGUAAUUCAACAAUCUUUAGAUUUAAAAGAACCUAAAGAAUUUACAACCGAUUUAGAUGAUUCUUCAAUUUGUAAGGAGUUAAAUAAUGAAAGCAAUAUCCAGACGGCAAAAUGUUCAAUCAUAGCUAAUGAUUCUUUACUUUUAAAAGAAUUAAAUCAUGAAUAUAGCCUUCAACCUUUAAAAUCAUCGACUGUAAUUGAAGAAUCUUUAGAUUUAAAAGAAUUGAAGGAGUUAAAUAAUGAAAGCAAUAUCCAACAGUCAAAAUAUUCAGCCAUGGUUCAUGAUUCUUCUGUUUUUGACUUAUUAGGUAGCGAAAGCAAUAUUGAACCCAUAAGAUCUUCUAUUGUUUUGGAAGAUUCUUUAGAUUUAAAAGAGUUAAAUCGUAAAAGUAAUAAUCCAACCUUAAGAUCUCCAACUAUUGUAGAAUAUUCUAUAGUUUUUAACGAAUUAAAUGAUAAAGUCAAUAUUCAACCAGCAAAAGUGUCAAGCGAUGUAGAGGAGUCUUCCAUUUUUAAUAAAGAAAGCAAUAUUCAACCGUCAAAAUUUUCAUGCGAUUUAAAGGCAUCUUUAUUAUUUGAUGACAGCAAUAUUAAACCGCUAAAUUCUUCAGCAAUGGUUAAAGAUUCUUCCGAUAUUAAAGAAUUAAGUAUUGAAAGCAAUAUUGUACCAUUAAAAUCUUCUACUGGUUUUGCAGAUUUUUCAGUUUUCAAAGAACUAAAUAAUGAAAGUAAUAUUAAAGCGUCGAAAAGUUCUGGUGAAUUAGAGGAUUCUUCAAUUUUUAACGUACAUAACAUUGAAACCACAAAAUCUUCUUUAGAGGAAGAUUCAUCAUCCCUUUUCAAACAAUUAAGUAGAGAAGAUAAUAUUCAAAUGUCAACAUCUUCCACUGCUAAUGAAGAAUUAAGUAGAGAAGGCAAUAUUCAACAUAAAACUUCUACUACAGCUGAAGAUUUUUCAGUUUUUCAAAACCUAAAUAAAGAUAACCAUAAUAUAACAAAAAUAUUUAAUAGUAAGUCUGGAGAUGAUUCAUCGUCGUCAGAUGAAUUUUUGGAAUCAGUUGGUCAGCCAUCAAAUGAUUCUGAAGGUUGUUCAUCUAGCGCCACAUCAUCUUUGGAAUUGAUGUGAUUGAAAAUUCUAAGGAUACCGGUUAGUUUGCCCUACCGUAUCCAGACUGCUGUGCUAGCAAUAAUAUUAGUGUAAACCAAACAAAAUAUAUACAAACGAAUAUAAUUAAAUACAAAUACAAAUUUAAAUUUAAUAAUAAAAAUAAUAUACAUAUUUAUCUAACCCCAAUCAGCUUUGUAACUAAAAUUCUUGUUCUGCUUCAAAUGCUUCUAACAAUCAUUAAAAUUAAAUCAAAUCAAAUUAUAUACACUAAAAUGGAAUAUAUGUAUGUAAAUGAAUUUAAGGAUAUUAUUGUGUUUGCUUAUGUAGUUUAGAUGAUAAGUUUUAAAA